AUGGACGAGAACAAUAAAGGAGCAGAACACGACAAAAAGAAUGCCAAAGGAGAUGCCAAAAUUGGCAAUGCUCUAAACGUCAAUCAUGAGCCUACGUUAUUGGAAACUGAUCAGGAGUCGACAAAUAUACAACAAGAGCAUAGCUAUGUCUGCAAUGAUAGUCCUAUAUCACAUAAACCUACACAGAAUGAAGGAGAAAACGGUGUAGAUCUCAAUGAAAUGUUGGAAAAUAACAUGCCUGAUUUGGAUACAAGCUACCUGGAUAUUUCAAAAAUGGAAAUUGUGUACGACUUUCCAAAUAUUUCAUUUUGA